UGGACCACAAACAUAGAUAUUCGCAACUGUGUCUGAUCUCUCGUAUCCCACUUCCUGGGCACUUAUAAUUGCAACGCAGCAGGAGAUUCCAUACUUGUGUAUAUUAUAGGCCCGUAGUUUCGAUCAGCAACGAGGUUGCGUUUCAGUCUGAAAACCGCUCGCUGGUUUAAAGGUCUGUGAGCGGUGGAUGCGAGCCACGAGCAAAAUCACGCCCCUGUCGGAAAAUCAGCUUCUCGAGACUCUAAUUGAGGAGCAGCUGCAAUCGUAAAAUCCGGGCUUUGGUUCUGAGUAUUGUUGCCGUCAUGGCGGCGAGAGUUGCACUCUCAUCCUCCCGCCUUCAAUGUUUAGUCGGUGGUGGACACAGUGGGAAAUUGUCGGAUUCCGAGAGCCUCAAAUUGGCACGGCCCGCAAGCAGUUGUAGAUGUGGGCAUGUGGAGAAUUCUUUGAGGUCGGACGCGUUUGUGGGGCAAAGGUUGAGGAGUAAGGACGGCGCGUUGAAGUUGAAAAAAGUCGUGAGUUCUACCGUCAGGGCAGAGGCCGUGCAAGAAGUCUCUACGGCGAAUUUUAGCACCGCAGCUGACUCUCAAGCCUCGUUAGAAUCCUCGUUCAAGUAUUCCGACCAAAUUAGCAAACUGGUCAGUGGCAACCCCACUCGUCCUCUCAGACUGAUUAUUGCCGGAGGAGGUAUCGGAGGUCUGGUGCUUGCUCUCGCAGCCAAGAAGAAGGGGAUAGAUGUGAAGGUAUUCGAGCGGGAUUUGAGUGCAAUUAAGGGUGAGGGUCAGUACAGAGGACCCAUUCAGCUGCAGAGUAACGCGUUAGCCGCUUUGGAAGCAGUUGAUGUCGAUGUCGCCGAAGAGAUCAUGGCCAACGGUUGUGUCACCGGAGAUCGAAUUAAUGGUUUGGUAGAUGGUCUGACGGGAGCCUGGUACUGUAAAUUUGACACUUUCACACCCGCUGUGGAGAGAGGGCUUCCAGUCACAAGGGUGAUUAGUAGAAUGACUCUUCAACAAAUAUUGGCCCGUGCCGUUGGAGAGGAGAUUAUCGAGAACAGUUGCAACGUCGUCGACUUUGAGGAUGGCGAUGAUAAGGUUACAGUAGUACUCGAAGACGGCCGCCGCGUCGAAGGAGAUCUGCUCGUCGGUGCAGAUGGUAUUCGUUCCAAGGUACGCACUAAACUACUUGGUCCCUCAGAGGCAACGUUUUCUCAGUACACAUGCUACACGGGAAUUGCCGACUUUGUGCCCGCCGAUAUUGAAACUGUCGGAUACCGAGUUUUCCUUGGAAACAAGAAGUAUUUUGUCUCGUCUGAUGUUGGACAUGGCAAGAUGCAAUGGUAUGCCUUUCACAAUGAGCCAGCAGGAGGCGUCGAUCCUCCAGGCGGAAGAAAGGACAGACUAAUGGAUCUUUUUGGACACUGGUGUGAUGGGGUGGUGGACCUGCUUCUUGCCACUCCAGAGGAGCAAAUUUUACGGCGCGAUAUUUACGACCGAGUUCCAAUAAUGACCUGGAGCAAUGGCCGAGUUACUCUAUUAGGUGACUCUGCUCAUGCCAUGCAGCCAAACAUGGGGCAGGGCGGUUGUAUGGCUAUUGAGGACAGUUAUCAAUUAGCCCUCGACCUGGAGAAGGCCAUGGAGGGUGGAGAUAAAUCCGUCGACAUUCCUGACAUUCUCCGAAGAUACGAAAGCCAGAGGAGAAUGAGAGUUGCAGCUGUACAUGGUAUGGCUGGCAUGGCUGCCAUCAUGGCGUCUACUUACAAAGCCUACCUUGGUGAAGGUCUUGGUCCUCUUUCGGUCAUACAAAAACUGAGGAUACCCCACCCAGGAAGGGUUGCAGGACAGUUUUUCAUCACUAUUGGCAUGCCUGUCAUGCUCAGCUGGGUUCUUGGAGGCAACACGUUUGCUUUGGAAGGUCGGGCACCCCGAUGCAGGUUAGAGGAUAAGGCGGAUGAUAAUUUGAGGAAGUGGUUCUCAGACGAUGAUGCGCUAGAGCGUGCUACAACUGCAGAGUGGUACUUGCUACCUGCGGGAGAGAGAAUGCCAGUUGGAGACACGACUGCUUCUGGAAAGAAAAUUAUACGUAUAGUAGGAAUUGAUUCCACGAAAUCCACAGUUCUAGGGUGUGAAGAAUGCAAGGAUUCGGACGUGUACGCUGCAGUCGUUGCUGCUCCCGGAGUUUCGGAACGACAUGCUCGAUUUGAUUUCACAGAUGGUGCAGUUUUCAUCACUGAUCUGCAGAGCAAAAGUGGCACUUGGAUAACGAAUAUUGAUGGAGCACGUUUCCAAGCACCACCAUCAAUCCCCGUACGAAUUCACCAGGGCGACACCAUCGAACUUGGUACAUCUAAAGAGGCUGCCUUUAGGGUCAAGCUGAGGAAGCCGGUGCAGGAAAGCGGGCAGGCUGCCCCAUCUGAAGCAGUUGCCGCAUAAGGGGGAUUGAACAACUGUGUACUAGUAGCAAAUGCCUCAUUUAUGAACACAAGAUUCUUGUUUAUACAUCACUUAAAUCGCGCCUUCCCACGAAGGUUUCUUUAGAAGCUUAACUGUAUACUAGAUGUGCACUUGUACGUUUCGAGUGCGCAUACUAUUGCUCAAAUUGACAUCAACGAUAUUCUCACACGGUUGUCUAGUAGAGUCUAAAUUUUGAUUGUACCAUUUGUUGAAUAAUCAAAUCCUUUUAUUCUAGUCGGA